AUGGCUUUGAUGAGAAGUCUACUGGGUGCAAAGAAGAUUCUUGAAGCCGCAACAAGCAAAAGGGCAACCUCGGCUGCCCCAUCAAAAGGGUUUCUUGCGGUGUACGUAGGAGCGAGCCAGAAGAAGAGAUAUGUGGUGCCAAUUUCAUACUUGAGCCAGCCUUCUUUUCAAGCUCUUCUGAGCAAAUCUGAAGAAGAGUUUGGGUUUGAUCAUCCAAUGGGUGGCUUAACAAUCCCUUGUCAUGAAGAUACUUUUAUCACUGUGACGGCUAGGCUAAAGGGAAGAUGAUCUGAAAGUCCUGAGUUAGAGAUAGAAUUAUUCAAUGUAAAUAGGUCAACCUUUUUCCUCCGUGUGAAAAGAGUUGUUCCAAGAGGUUACAAAGCUCAAUGUGAAUGGCACUUUUUUUUUGUGUAAGCAUAGUCUAUGUAAUUGCAGAAAGCUUUCUGAAAAUAUAAAUUCAGCUUAAAAGUUAUGACAUCUUGAGUGAGAAUGAUGUGAAGAGUUUGUUCUGUUUUGGAACAUACAGAUGAAUCAAUGGAAUGAGUUAAAACUUGUUGUCU